AUGAAUUUUACAAAACCACCGUUACCGUUCUUUGGAAAUAAGAGUAAAUGUAAAGAUAUUCUAUUGAGAGAACUUAAGAAACUACCGAAUGGUCUAACAUUUGUAGAUUUGUUCGGUGGAAGUUUCUAUAUAUCCCAUUUAUGUCAUACCGUAUUUCCUGACUCAAAGAUUAUAUGCAAUGACUUCGACAACUAUAUGAACCGUCUCAAACAUAUUCCAGACACAAACAAUAUAUUGAAAGAGUUAAAAGAAAAGAUACCUAUAGGUAAGAUGGAACGUAUACCAUUAGAUAAGAAAAAUAUUGUGAGAGAGAUUUUGAAAAAAGCAGAAUAUAUAGACUGGGAUAGUAUAUCUGCUAGACUAUUAUAUAGUGGUGCUAUAAGAGUUCAUGACAUUGAAACACUUAUGUCAAAAGUUUUAUAUCUUAACUAUACAAAUGUUUUCAAAGAGGACAUAGAAAAAUAUAUUGAGGGUAUAGAGUUUGUGAGAUGUCAUUGGACAGAUUUGUAUGAAAAAUAUAAAGACAAGGAAAAUGUUUUCUUUAUAGUGGACCCGCCGUUCUAUAACACAUGGGAUUUUCAAUACCAAGUAG